CCAAGCCUCUCCAAGGACCAGGAGGGAGUGGCACCUCUGCCCUGCCCCGCCUCCCCGUCAGGCUCCGGGGCUCAGGGCGUAGCCCCUUCGGUGAGAAUGGAGGAGGGGGUCCCUGCCCGCCCCCCCUGUGGCUCACCGGCCGCGAUGGAGAUUGACAAGAGGGUCUCUGCUCUGGAAACUCUGAGCUGCCAAGCUCCCUCGUUGGACCAGGUCGGAGCGAACUCCGUGGUGGCUGCAGAAGUGGCAGCGAGAGCCACGUCCCCUGGGCCCUACCAUCCGCAGGACCCUGCCCUCUCGGAGCUGCCGGAGAAGCCCCAGGGUGUGCAUCCCCCAUCACCCCCCGCCGCCCUGGUGGAGGGUAAGGGGCUGGCGCUGGGCCGUGAGACGAGCCCAGCCUCAGAGAGGGGGCCUCCGCAAUGCUCCAGCCGAGUGGAUGAAGGGUCCCCGCCGCUGGGCUUGCUUGGGGGCAGCCGCUCCACACAGCCGGGCGCGGGGGAGGCGGAGGCGGGAAUUCCCGCUGGCGGAAUGCUGGAACCUUUGCCCUGUUGGGAAGCAGCAAAAGAUGUGAAAGACCCUCAGUGCCUCCCUGCGGACGGGGUGGGCGUGCAGCCCGGGAGCUCCAGGGCUUGGCUGAGCCCCAUGGAGGAAGCCUGCCUGGCCUGGACGUGCAGCCUGGGGGUACCAGCCCAGGGGACUUGGGGAAGCCCCCCGAAAGACAGAGCCACCCACUCCGGCCCAGAGCUGCUCUCCCCGGAGCAGGAGGACAAGCCUUUGCUGCGGGAGGCCUGCAGCCCCGGCAAUAUCCCCGCCGUCAUCAUUACAGACAUGGGUGCCCAGGAGGAUGGGGUGUUGGAGGAGGCCCAGGGCAGCCCGCUGGGCAUCCUGCCCCUGAGGAAGCUGUCCUCUUCCUCGGCCUCCUCCGCCGGCUUCUCCUCCUCCUACGAGGACUCGGAGGAGGACAUCUCCAGCGACCCCGAGCGCUGCCUGGACCCCAGCGCCGCCUUCCUGCACACCCUGGACCAGCAGAAGCCCAGAGUGAGCAAAUCAUGGAGGAAGAUAAAGAACAUGGUGCACUGGUCUCCCUUCGUCAUGUCCUUCAAGAAGAAGUACCCCUGGAUCCAGCUGGCGGGACACGCAGGGAGUUUCAAGGCGGCUGCCAACGGCCGGAUCCUGAAGAAGCACUGUGAGUCGGAGCAGCGCUGCCUGGACCGGCUGAUGGCCGACGUGCUGAGGCCCUACGUGCCGGCCUAUCACGGGGACGUGGUGAAGGACGGGGAGCGCUACAACCAGAUGGACGACCUGCUGGCCGACUUCGACUCGCCUUGCGUGAUGGACUGCAAGAUGGGCGUCAGGACCUACCUGGAGGAGGAGCUCACCAAGGCCCGAAAGAAGCCCAGCCUGCGGAAGGACAUGUACCAGAAGAUGGUCGAGGUGGACCCCACGGCCCCGACCGAGGAGGAGAACGCCCAGCGGGCCGUGACCAAGCCCAGGUACAUGCAGUGGAGGGAGACCAUCAGCUCCACGGCCACCCUCGGCUUCCGGAUCGAAGGCAUCAAGAUCGCCUACCGGGACCGGCUGAAGGACAUCCGGGCCACCCUGGAGGUGUCCCCCUUCUUCAAGGGCCACGAGGUCAUCGGCAGCUCGCUCCUCUUCAUUCACGACAAGAGGGAACAGGCCAAGGUGUGGAUGAUCGACUUUGGGAAAACCACGCCCCUGCCCGAGGGCCAGACCCUGAAGCAUGACGUCCCCUGGCAGGAAGGGAACCGGGAGGACGGCUACCUCUCGGGCCUGAACAACCUCAUCGACAUCCUGACGGAGAUGUGCCCGGGCCCCGGCGCCCCUGUGGCCUGA